UCACGGCGAGACAUGAACGCAAGUAAGUCACUGGGGACCCUAAGGGGUCUCCGACGCACUGCCGAUCACAAUGUGAGUAACACAUUGCCGAGAAAAGGCACAUUGCCUCUAUUGAAGGAAGAGAUCAGCAUAGAGAACAUUAUCAACAACAAACUCACAGGAGUCGUACCUCAAAAAUUCAACUUCGCGCGGGACGUAAUCGACCAUUGGGCGUCAUACGAGAAAUCCUUCAGGAGGAACCCGCUUCUCCCCGCUCUUUACGUGGUCGGUGACCGAGCGAGUGACGAGCGUAGAAUCAACUACACCGAACUGUCACAGCUGACGCAGCGGCUCGCCGGAGUUUUCGUGAAUGAGCUCGGAUUAUCUCGUCGGGAUAAAAUUCUCAUCAGUCUGCCGAAAUGUCCAGAGUUCUUCCUCUGCACGUUAGCCGCUCUCAGAGCCGGUAUAGAAUUCACAACUGUGACCACUCAAGCAGUCGGUGAGGAUUUCCGCUUCCGUAUAGGGCAGUUCCAGCCGAGUGUAGUGAUCUCGGACAACGUCGCAGGCGUCGACCAGGCAGUUGAUUACCCGAACUGUCCGGUGAGAUUCAAAUUGUGCGCCGCGGCGACAUCGAGUGCGACGUGGCUGAACAUCAACAAUUUAAUCGAAAAGAGCAAGAGUUCUUACGAUGCUGCCGACACCAACAGCGAUGAUCCGGCAAUGGUGUUUUUCACGAGCGGUACCACGGGUCACCCGAAAAUGGUGCAGCAUACCAACGAGUACACUUUGGCUCAUAUGACGAGCGACACGAACCUGCUUCGCUUAAAUUCAGACGACACGCUACUCUGUACGGCGGAUACCGGCUGGGCGAAGACGGCUUUUGGCUUCUAUCCGACGUUCCUAUCCGGGGCCGGGUUUGUGGUGCACAAAAGUGCCAAGUUUUGCCCUCAUCAACUUCUCGAUGUUCUGAAAAAAUAUCCCAUCACGAGGAUUAGCUCCGCGCCGACUGUCUAUCGGAUGCUGCUGUCUGAGAAGGCGGAUCUGCGCUUCAAGGCUCUGACCGGAGUUUAUUCCGGAGGCGAGCCGCUGAAUGGCGACGCUUUCAAUCAGUGGAAAGAGAGGACCGGGCUCGAGAUCCGCGAGGGGUAUGGUCAGAGUGAAACUCUGAUGCUUUGCACAGGGCAUCCCGACUUCCCGGCCAAACCAGGCUCGAUGGGUCUCCCCGCGCCAGAAUUCCAGAUAGCGGUUCUCGACGAUGACGGGAACCCCGUGAGCACGAACGAAGUCGGACAUUUUGCGCUCAGAAUCAAACCCAGACAUCCGCUAGGUCUGUUCGUAGGCUACAAGGACAACCCGGAAAAAACCGCGCAGGUUUUCGCUGGUAAUUAUUAUCUCACCGGAGAUAAGGUCACGCGAGACGCAGACGGUUACUUCUGGUUCGUUGGUCGAGCUGAUGACGUGAUCACGUCAGCUGGUUACAGAAUCGGGCCUCACGAAGUCGAGAUGGUGCUCUCGAGACACCCGGCAGUCCUCGAAGCUGCGGUUGUGGGUUUGCCGGACAAGGAGAGGCUUGAGGUUGUCAAAGCGUUCGUUGUGCUCCGAGAGCAGUACCGCAGCGUCGAUUUGGAGAAACUCGCCGAAGAAAUCAAGCUCUUCACGAAGAAACACACAGCACCGUACAAGUAUCCGCGGGUGAUCGAAUUCAGAGACAACUUGCCAAAGACCACAACAGGGAAAGUUCAGCGUCACGUUCUAAGACUCCUUAGCAAUUCUGACCGAAGCUAUGGCUGCUCUCUCCAUGGCCCCGGCGCAACGAGCUCCGAGUUGAUCAUAUUCGCGUCCACGGCGGCGCGACUUCUCAUCUCGAGCGAGAAUUUCACCGAUAACCCACUCCUCCGAAAAACCCUCUCGCAAUGUACCGCGACCUUGGGGAUGGAUCUUACGAAGCAAGUCGCUUCUGUACCUGCGAAACUUGCGUCCGAUGCGUUCCAAGAGGCGGGAAACCAGUUCCGGAAUGCGCUUACUGACCCCCUCGGCACUUUUCGGGAAGCCUUCACCGAGAACACUCGAACAGUUCAGGAUGGAUACCGUGCAACGUCUGCCGUAAAUGAGAUUUUCACAGACGCAAUCACGCCGCUCAUCGGAGUCCUCACAGACCCUGUUUCCAACGCGAAUCCACUGAUCCUUCCGAUAGAGAUCAUGCUUCAAACUUUGGUCGUGUUAGAUAAUCUCACAGAGGCGAAGGAUCUCCGGAACAACACUCAAAUCGACAAAAUCCUCGACAUCGUCAUCCCCACCAUACAGACAGUGAAUGACGUCGGCUUGGGGUGCGCGGCGGAUGCGUUCGGCGGACUCUUACAGUUUCCCAUAAGGGGCUUCGAAUUUCUUAUCGGGAUCGUACUCGACUAUAUGCGCACCUGUUACUCCACGAUAGAGGGACAAUCCCGAGAAUGCGAAUUGGAGACGGCUGUCGUGGGACUUUUCCUCAAGACUUCCAUAUUCAUCUUCUCGAUUGAAACAGAACUGGAAUUAAAUGAGGUGACACGGGGCCGGCUUAGUAGCGACGAGCGUCGCCGCGACCUUCUGCGCCACAGCACCAUCGCAUGCUGAAAAUUCAUGCGAUCUGAUUGCCGCUUAGGUUUCCGAGUGUAUUCCAUCGCUGGUUGGCCGUAAGCGAGUCAUCGAGCACCUUACUCGG